CAGGUUAGGCUCCCCAUUCUCUGAAACUCUGUAGUUUAAAAACAAGCACACUUGAGAGACAUCAAACGUAACUAACAUAACACAGCUGCUUUGUAAGGAACUUCGGGUAAUACAUGAACCUUCCGUGUUCUCCCUAGGCGAAACGACGUCGAAGUCUUUAGGCGAUGGCUUCUGUGGAGGUUGAAGGAGGUUAUGGUUCCGUACUCGAGGAAGCAUCGAAGAAGGAGCAAGUUGCUGAGAUCAAGAAGAACCAUGAAAAUGCGAAGGAGAAGAAGAAGAUUGAGAGAUAUUCGCGUAUCCCGAGAUUUUCUUGUUUGAAAACCAAAACAGACGAGAUGGGGAAUUUCGACAUGGAGAUGGUGGUCGAAGAUGCUCAAGGAGACCGGCCGAGUCCUACUCACCUUGUUGUAAUGGUCAAUGGUAUUGUCGGGAGUGCUCAAAAUUGGAAAUAUGCUGCAAGACAACUUCUGAUGAAGUAUCCUGAGGAUCUAAUUGUUCACUGCAGUAAGCGUAAUUCUUCAAUGUCGACACUUGAUGGUGUAGAUGUAAUGGGAGACCGAUUAGCAGAAGAGGUUAUUUCAGUCAUUAAACAUCGUCCAGGUGUCCAGAAGAUCUCAUUUAUUGGUCACUCCCUGGGUGGCCUUGUGUCAAGGUAUGCAAUUGCAAGGCUUUAUAGAAGAGAUGUCACCAAUGAUCUUCCCCAAGGAAAUGGAGAAAAUAGGAAUGAUGAAUCUGGACAAAGAGAAACAUUCCAGAAAGAUAAAUUUAAAGGAAAAAUUGCUGGGCUGGAGCCCAUAAAUUUUAUAACCUCAGCGACACCUCACCUUGGUUCAAGGGGUCAUAAGCAGGUCCCAGUAUUUUGUGGUUUUUACACCCUGGAAAAAGUAGCUGCCCAUGCAUCCUGGUUUCUUGGUAGAACUGGGAAACAUCUGUUUUUGACCGACAGCGAUGAAGGAAAACCUCCUCUUCUUCUUCAGAUGGCCACUGACUGUGAAGAUCUUAAAUUUGUAUCUGCCUUGCAGUCCUUCAGGCGUCGUGUAGCCUAUGCAAAUGCACGCUUUGAUAACCUUGUUGGGUGGAGUACAUCAUCGCUGCGGCAUCCAAAUGAGCUCCCAAAGUGGCAACAUCUUAGGAGAAGUGACAAGUAUCCACAUGUUGUAAAUGUGGAGACAACUAAAACAGCAAGUCCUAAAGAAGAAAUCAAUUUGGAGAGCAUAAAAACUGGAAGUGAGACUGCUGGCAUUCAAGAGAGAAUGCUCAGAGGUUUGACUGCUGUGAGCUGGGAACGGGUUGAUGUUAACUUCAGUGGAAGCAAGCAAAGAUGUCUGGCACACCAAACCAUUCAGGUGAAAACCUAUUGUAUCAAUUCUGAUGGAGCUGAUGUGAUCCAACAUAUGAUUGACAAUUUUAUCACUUGAAAUGUUCCAAGUUGUUCUAAUUACCUUGUAAAGUCGAUUGUUGUUGGCCUCUUAUUGAAAUCUGAGGGAAUUUUAUUGUGACUUAAUAUGAAGCUGGGUUCAAGGCAGCUAUUAUGGUUGAUCUCUGCAAUUAAGACAAGAACUGAUAGUUAUGCUAUUUUGGGUGAAGACGAGUGAUAAUUUUUCUAGGGACCAUAGUAAAGCAAGAGCAAUGAGGGAGAGAGCGCCUUGUGUAUUCUUAUUUAGUAUUAUUGCUAACAACCAUAAGAUCAAAAUAUAGACAACAAUGGUUAUAUACUUAUAUUACAUUAGGAGUAGGUGAAUAUUAAUUUGUAUUCAGCUUA